GGUGGGGCCCAGGAAUUUCUGGCACCCAAAUUGAGGUCAGGAGCAUAAUGGAUCAGCACUUUUUCCAUACCUGAAAGAACUAAAACAUUAAAAUUUAUGUUACUAUUACUGGUUGUCUUUUCUAAGACAAAAGGAACCAGGUGCAGAAGCAGAACAUGAGCGUAGACUUGGAAGGUGACCACUGAAGCACAGCAUCACACAGAGACAGUUAAGCCCCCGGAUGUCUUCCGGUUUCCCUGACAGCCGUCAGGCCUUGCCACAAGAACUUGGAGAAGCGGAGUUUUCUCCUAACUCCCCCAGGAAGGAGAUGUUUUGGCCAUUUCGGACAUCUCCUCCCCUAGCUGGCUAAACAUCUGGCGCUUUUCCAGCGCUGGCGCUGCCGCACAGCCAAGGCACCCUCCAGCACCCCUUAUGCGGGCGUGACAAAGGGCUUAGAGCAUCUUGCCUUAGUGUCAUUCAUUUCACAAUGUCACCCCAGGUUCACACUUCCGACCUGAGAGGCAUUAGUAAAGGAAUUAAGAUCAUCUAUGAAUAACUAAGAUCACAUAUGAAUAACUAACUACUACCGUUAUGUUUCUAGUUACUCUCUUCUUCAUUAUUUAUAUGGAAACAGGCUGAGGCCUUUUGCUCCUGCCUUGGCGCUUAUGGAUCUCCCUGCUACAGCCCAGGCUGGAGUGCAGUGGUGCAAUCACAGCUCACUGUAUCCUCAAACUUCUAGGCUCAGGAGAACCUCCCAACUCAGCCUCCCAAGUAACUGGAAACACAGGCACAAGCCACCACACCCGGCUAAUUUUUUGUAUUUUUUGUGGGGACAGGGUUUAUCCAAGUUUCCGAGGCUGGUCUCGAACUCUGGGACUCAUGCACUCCUCCCGCCUGGGCCUCCCAAAGUGCUGGGAUUACAGGUGUUAGCCACCGUGCCAGGCCGAAGCCUCUCAUAACGCCGUGCGCCCUCCAAGAGGCCACCCUGGCAGAAGAUUUUCCGAGACCUAAUGCCCUGGGCACCCCGGACUUUCCUCAUCGUAGCUCCACCCACUCGAGCAUGGGGCGUUCGUGUUUCCCGUUUUGAAAUGAGAUAAUGGCACACCCGGUGGCAUCCUCCCGCCCAGGCUCUUAUCGGCGCCCCCAGCCCCUGCUUGAGGGCCUCUGGUUGUUGUCUUGGGCCCCUGCGGACACUAAUGCGCUCGAAUCCCGAUGUGGGCCCCGGUGCGGCGCGGGACAGCCUCGUUGGAAACCCUGCUCAGCCCUGGGGGGGGGGCGUCCGGAGCCGAGGGGCGGAGCGGCGCAUGCCCACAAGUCCGCCGCGGGAAGUAGGAAAUCAACUGGCCGGGUGGUGCGCUUCGAACCCGGCCAGGGCAUGUGCUCCCCUGCCCGCCUGGCGCGCGGGUUACGGGAGGCGCUGCGGGAGGAGGAGUCCUGGGCGGUGGAGGAGCUGCUGCGCCGCGGGGCUGACCCUAAUCUGGUGCUGGAGGACGGCGCAGCGGCCGUGCACUUGGCGGCCGGAGCCAGGGACCCGCGCGGGCUGCGCUGCCUCGGGAUUCUACUGUGCCGAGGCGGGGACCCCAACGCUCGAUCUGUGGAGGCGCUGACACCGCUGCAUGUGGCCGCCGCCUGGGGCUGUCGCCGUGGCCUGGAGCUGCUGCUGAGCCACGGAGCGGACCCGGCGCUGCGCGACCAGGACGGACUCCGGCCGCUGGACCUGGCCCUGCAGCAGGGCCACGUGGACUGCGCGAGAGUCCUGCGGGAUCUCCACACGCGGACCGGGACCCGGACGAUCGGGGCAGAGACCCAGGAGCCGGAUCCUGCGCCUGGCACCCCGGGCCUCUCUGGACCUCCCGAUGAGACGCUGGACUCCAUCGCACAACAAAUGCAGCCAUGCAGAGGUGACAACAGGGACAUGGGCUUGGAUGUUGACCCCGGACGCCCCAGCCUCCCUGUUCCCCUUGAAAUUGUGGACAAAGAUGGGAGCUCAGCAUCCCCUCCAGGGCACUGGGAUAGUGGCUCCGAUGCCUCUUUCGUCACUGCAUUUGAGGUCUCUGGAGCCGAGGACCCAGCCUUGGACACUCCCUCCUGGGCUGGUUCAUUGCUACGGACCAGGCAGGGGCUCCUGCAUGUUGUCCGUGCCACCCAGAGGGUACCUAGGUCUCAGGGCACAGAGGCAGAACUGAAUACCCAUCUGCAGGCGCUGACUCUGACCCCACCAAAUACUGCCAGCUUCCAGUCCUCCCCCUCCUCCACGCCUCUCCUGGACAGCAUGCCAGCUUAUAGCCCCCCACAGACACCACCCCCUGGAGCCUCUAACUGCCACUGCCUUCGGGAGGACGAGGCAUCCAUUGAUAGUGACGUGGCCAUGCUCUGGCUGACAGAGGACGAGGCAAGCUCUACAGGUGGCAAGGACCCUGUUGCCCCUUGCCAGCACCUGCCAGUGCCCACUCUGUGUGACCUAGAGUUGCUGCAAGGGCUCCGAGCGCUUGGUGAGAAUCCUGGCCCCGUCACACCCUUCACCCGGCAGUUCUACCUCCAACGGCUGCAAGAAGCCCAGGUUGCCCCUGGCCCAGACUUUGCAGGACACAGCCUGGAACUGGCUACAGCCCUGCGGACUGGCCGUAUUCCAGAUGCCCAGGCAGACGAAGACGCAUUGGCCCAGCAGUUUGAGCGGCCAGAUCCUGCCAGGAGGUGGCGGGAGGGGGUCGUGAAAUCUAGCUUCACGUAUCUGCUGCUGGACCCCAGGGAGACUCAGGAUCUGCCAGCCCGAGCCUUCUCACUGACCCCAGCUGAGCGCCUUCAGACCUUCGUCCGUGCCAUCUUCUAUGUGGGCAAGGGGACGAGGGCCCGGCCGUAUAUCCACCUCUGGGAGGCCCUUGGUCACCGUGGGCGGACAAGAAAACAGGCCUGCCCCAAGGUGCGUCACAUCUUGGACAUCUGGGCCAGUGGUUGCGGCGUUGUCUCCCUACAUUGCUUCCAGCACGUGGUCGCUGUGGAGGCUUAUACACGGGAGGCGUGUAUUGUGGAAGCCCUAGGGAUCCAGACACUCACCAACCAGAAACAAGGGCACUGCUAUGGAGUAGUGGCAGGCUGGCCACCUGCUCGUCGCCGGCGCUUGGGGGUACACCUGCUGCACCGCGCCCUCCUUGUCUUCCUGGCUGAAGGCGAGCGACAGCUUUGUCCCCAGGACAUCCAGGCCCGGGGCUGAGUGCUGGGGAAUUGGCCAUCCAGCCUGGGAAGAAAUGUUGGAAUGUUCCAGCUGCCCUGUGCUGACAGCAGCCCCCAUCUCUGGUUUCAGAGGGGUGUGUGUGUGUGUGAGUAUGUGUGUGUAUGUAUGUGUGUGAUGCAGGGAGCACCAGGGCAGAUCUCCCCCAAGCUGAGAGAGGACUUUAUUACAGAUGUUACUGCUGGAGAGGUAAUGAGUAGUGAGCUCUCCAUCAUGGGAGAAAGACAAGUAGGGAAGCAGAAGGUGCUUUGGAACAGUCGGUACUUAUGUCAGGGGCGUUUGAACCUGGCCCACUCCAUCUUGAAUAGGAGCUGGGUGAAAUAAGGCUGAGACCUACUGGGCUGCAUUCCCAGACGGUGAGGGCAUUCUAAGUCACAGACGACAUAGGAGGUGGGAACAAGAGACAGGUCGGAAAGACCCUGCUGAUAAGACAGGUCGCAGUUGCUGGGUGCUGUGGCUCACGCCUGCGAUCCCACGCCAUAGACAGGAUAGCUUGAGCCCAGGAGUUCCAGACUUGCCUGGGCAAUACAGCAAGACCCCGUUCUCAAAGAAAAGAAAAGAAAAGAAAAAGGUUGCAGUAAAGAAGCUGUGAUUUGGGAGGGCCCACCUCGCCCUCCCAAAGUGCUGGGAUUACAGGCCUGAGCCAGCGCGCCCGGCCCCUUUAAUUUCUUAAUACAUUUGCUUUCACUGUACUCUGAACUUGCCCUGAAUUCUUUCUAGCGUGAGAUUGAAGAACCCUCUGUUGGGGUCUGGAUCAGGACCCCUUUCAAAAUAUCUAAUAAAGCCCCCCAUUCACCCCCUUCCUGGUAACACUUUCGCAGUUUGGUCCCGUCAAAAUGGAUAGAGUCUGACUUUACCUCCCAGACACAGGACACCCCCACAUGGCGGGAUGAACUGGGGGAUCCUCAGGUGCACUCAGGGUAUCUACCUAGCUUGAGAGCAAAGUUCACUGCUUCCCAGCUGUGAGACCUCGAAUCAGUAUUUAUUUAUUUAUUUAUUUAUUUAUUUUUGAGACAGAGUUUCACUCUUGUUACCCAGGCUGGAGUGCAAUGGCACAACCUUGGCUCACCGCAACCUCGGCUCACCGCAACCUCCGCCUCCUGGGUUCAGGCAAUUGUACCUCAGCCUCCUGAGUAGCUGGGAUUACAGGCACGCGCCACCAUGCCCAGCUAAUUUUUUGUAUUUUUAGUAGAGACGGGGUUUCACCAUGUUGACCAGGAUGGUCUCGAUCUCUUGACCUCGUGAUCCACCCACCUGGGCCUCCCAAAGUGCUGGGAUUACAGGCUUGAGCCACCGCGCCCGGCCUCGAAUCAGUAUUUAAUCUGUCUGAGCCUCAGUUUCCUUCGUUGUACACUGGGGCAGUAAGGAGGUCCCAUUCCUGGGAAGUCAGUGGAGGGAUUAAAUGUGGUCACGUGGGGGCUGGGCAUCAUGCCUGUAAUCUCAGCAUUUUGGGAGGCUGAGGCAGGAGGAUAGCAUGGGCCCAGGAGUUUGAGAGCAGCCUGGACAACAUAGCAAAGACUAUCUCUACAAAAAGUAAAAACAUUAGCUAGUGGUGGGUGGGCCUGUGGCCCCAGCUGCUUGGGACCCUGAGGUGGGAGGAUUGCUUGAGCGUGGGAGUUGGAGGCUGCAAGGAGCUGCGAUCACAGCACUGCACUGCAGCCUGGGGAUAUCGAGAUCCUGUCUCUUAAAAAACCAAAAUUUAAGCAACAGGCGCAGCGGCUCACGCCUAUUAUCCCAACACUUUGGGAGGCCGAGGCAGUCCGAUCACGAGGUCAGGAGAUCGAGACCAUCCUGGCUAACACGGUGAAACUUCGUCUCUACCAAAAAUACAAAAAAAAAAAAAAUUAGCUGGGCGUCGUGGCACGCACCUGUAAUCCCAGCUACUCGAGAGGCUGAGCCAGGAGAAUCGCUUGAACCCAGGAGGCAGAGAUUGCGGUGAGCCGAGAUCGCUCCACUGCCCUCCAGCCUGGGCGGCAGAGCCAGACUCCGUCUCAUAAAUAAAUAAAUAAAUGUAAU